AGCACGUAACGCUACAAGUCAGGCCACAGCCGAAGCUAAGCGUAUUAGCAUGAACAGUGGCGUACGCCGAGGACCAUUACACUCUCUCUGGUUGUGUUUGGCAGUGUGCACUUUCAGUUUGCCUUUUCUUUUACCAAAUGAAAGCUAAAAUGAGCUAAGUCGAGUUUUGAAACUUAAGCAUUUUGACAGGGGCCAUCGCGUUAUUCUAUAAGUACAUGUUAUUCUAGCUGUGGCUAAAGGUAUCCAAAUGUAUUCAAAUAUGUAAAACUUAACUGUCUGACAGAGCAUAUUAUAAGCUGUAUUUGACAGUUGAUGGCCUACAAUGACCCAGUUUUAGUCACGCUUGCAUUAGGAUAUAGGGAAUUGAAUUUACUUGACUCCUGUCGUUUAAGUUAGCUAACCUAUCUUUACAGUCAUCACUUCUCCCUGAAAUAUAUCAACGUACCCUGUGUUUCCGUGACAUGCUAAGCUGUUGAAUAGCAAUGCGGAACAGCAACUUGUGAAGGGACUAAAUGGCUGCGAGGAAGUCUGGAUCAGACGUGUACAACAAUGGACCCAUCAGCUACCUUGAUGAUGUUCCCUUCAAAAUAAACGACAAAUUCCGGCGUCCAGCUAAAGUGGGGUUACCCGUUGGUUUCCUUAUGCCAGAUUAUGGAGCUGUACUUGCAGACACAAAGUAUGACUUUACAUUGGAGAGGCGAAGUGUUCGCUGGGGGAUAGAACUUGCUGACGCCAGAGCAGCAGCAGCCAGAGCGGAGGAGGCAGCAGCCAAGCAGGAGGCUGAGAGCAUGGAGUCUCUGUCUCGGGAUGCUGAUGGAGUUGGAGGGAACAACCUUCGCUCCGCGGCAGAGGACCAGGACCUUCCACCGCCAGCCCUGAACCCGGUCCUUGCUGGACUCAGUCACAACGCCAUCCUCACUCCAUUGCCGGCCCCCAGACUCGGCCCCAGAAUAUCCCAGGACAGCACUCCACAGCCACAAAACCUCAACCUAGCCGACUUUGAGCGGGAGGAAGACCCGUUCGACAAGCUGGAACUGAAAACCCUGGAUGAUAAGGAAGAGCUGAGGAACAUUCUGCAGAGCCAACCUCAGCCUCCGCCCUGUGUGUCUCCACCUCAGCCAGGUUCAGUAUCUCGUGGAGACAGCCCGUCACCACCCAGCACCAACACCAGCAUCUCCUCUAAGCCAGGCUUUGCCCACAAGCCGAACGGCUUGGUUGCUUUGCUGGAUAUGGACAAAGUGGGGCAUCCUAGCAGAGCGGGCUUUGACACGGACGAUCGGCCUUGUAACAUCCGCUCUCUCACGUUCCCUAAGCUCUCCGAUUCUGGUGAACCGGAGUCGAUAAAGUACAAUGCUGCACCCGUUCCCGUUCCUUCUCCCCGACGGAACCUAACCAACGGCAGCCCGCCAGCAUUACCAAAAACACAAGUCAUUGUUGCCCCCGAGCCAUCCAACCACAACAAGAGUGGAACGCCAAAGCCGGCCAACCCUGGAACAGGAUUUACUGGUCUGCCGUGCGGUGGAGCUCUCCUCAGCAUGACGCCCAGUGAACGUCAGUGUGUGGAGACGCUUGUGGGAAUGGGUUACUCUUAUGAGGAAGUUUUAAGGGCCAUGCAUAGACAGGGCCAGAAUGUGGAGCAGGUAUUGGACUAUCUGUUUCUUCAUGGUCGUCUGUGUGAGAGAGGCUUUGAUGCCAGCGCUGUGGAAGAGUGCUUAGAAAUGUACCAGUGCUCAGAAGAAAAGGCCUUGCAGUAUCUUGAACUCAUGUCCAGAUUUGGUGAAAUGGGGUUCGAGAGAGACGCGAUCAAAGAGGUUCUGCUAGUCCACAACAACGAUCAGGACAAGGCUCUGGAGGACCUGAUGGCCCGCGCCGCUGCGAGCUGAGCCAAGCCGGCGGGGAAGCCAAAGCUCCACCCCAGGCAUCUGUCUCCGCUCCCAUCCUGAAGCCCCUUUCCCUCUGCCUACCUUAUCUCACUACUCCCUGCCCUUUUUGCCUUGGCUGUGGAAAGGACACCCCGGAGGCGAUUUCUGUCUGUGCUAAAACAUACCAUGCCUCAGCACUUCUGAAAGUUUGUGUGCCUAGAUUGGAUUGCGUUAACCUGUACCAAUACUAAAUGCUCAUUUCAGGUACUGCUGUGUUAUUGGAGUAAAUGACUGAUGCUGGGAAAUGUGGGCUGUGGCAUCUCGAUGCCACUCUUAAUUUGCUUCCUCUUGGAAGUCUUUCGAUGAAUGCAGGAGAAACUGCACAAUUAAACGGGGGAGGAGCUAGCGGUAGGCUGUGUGCACCUCAUGGGAAGACUUGUGGGAACUUAAACUCUUUGAUAAGACAGCCGCCAUGUUCCACUGCUCGCUGCAGACUUUUUAAAAAGGUGAUGGGAGUGGAGAGGUCGAGAGAAGGCCCUCUUUUCUAAUUGAACCAGCUUACAGUGAAAGGCACAAUCACAGAACAGAGCUGACUCUCAAGAAGUGCCCUCUGAGCUGUAGUGCCCAGGACCUAUUUCUGUUCUUUAUGCUUUUCUUACAUUCAUGUCUCUUUUUUUCUGUUCAUUUUGGACAUCAUUUUGUCUGUUUAAAGGUUGCAUUUAUUUGCUUUCUGUUUUAGGAAUUGCAUUAUAGAUCAUUAGUCAUGAAAACUCUGAAAAUGAAAGAGUGCCCUGGUGCGCUCUUCCGCCUGCACUGGAAAGAAACCUGCUACAGUGGGAAACUUUUUCUCCCUAAAAGAAAUACAAUAUAUCUCUUGCCCCAAUGUCACUGAUCAUACAACGCACAGGCACACACGUGUUUCAUUUGUUCAGAUCUUAUUUAAAAUAGUACACUGACACUUUGAUUUAAGAUUUAUUUGGAGUUCGGUUGGAUUAUGUAAGAUAUGUUAACGUACAAAUGCAUCGCUAUAGAACUGUCCUGAGCGUUUGUUUGCAAACUGAAAGAGUGAGAGGCAACAAAAAAAAUAAUAAUAUAAGCGAGGGUUGUUUGUUUUUCUGCAGCCAAAUUACAGUGCAAUAGACACAUUUCAUGUUGUAUGACUGUUGACUUGCACUUUGAGCCUCCAAAAAUGUUAAAAGGAAUGGUCGUUAAAGCCUUACUGGAAAUGUGGAUGAAAGUUUCUGUUUUAUUGAUUUCUAUCAUUUGUUUUCUGUCACUGAAUUUAAUAUGACAAAAUUUAAUCAAGGCUGAGGUUGGACUCUUCAUUUCCUCCCCUAAUCCCCAUGUACUGUUUUUUUUUUUCCAUACCUCAGGCAGGUUGAGUAUUUUCAUGUAUUGUUCAAAGGCAAGCCCUCUAUCUACACAAGGCAUGGGCCGGUAUGAGAUUGUUAUAAUCUUAAAAAAAGAAGAAGAUACUACCAUUGUUCCCUGUCAAGAAAUGUAGCAGAUGUGUUUAACAAUCUUAAUUGCUUUUAUUAAAAAAAAAAAAAAGAUGAGCAAUAGUUAUUCAUGUUGCUAGAAUAAUCUAACAGAUUUUUUUUUUUUACAAUUGUAGUUAUCUAAAACAUUUUAUAUUGACACACACUGAAAAGUAACAAAAAUAUUUUUGCCAAAAUUAUAAGGUGAUUAGUUACAAAAUACAGUUCUCAUUAGAUGCAAUUAAAACAAAAAAAAAGCUCCAAACCAACCUGCCCCUAUUGUUAAAUAAUGAUUUGGCCAUUGUUAACCUUUUCUUUUGGGUUCUAGUUUCAUCAGCCACACCAAGGUCCAACUACUGCCAGACUUGUAGACUCGUUGAUUACUUAAAUAUAACCUGUUAUUCAACAUGAAGAAGGCUAAGACAGCACAUCAUGCUGUAAUCUGAAGAAAUCAGAGCAAAUGAGAAUACGACAUCUGUAUUUUGACAUCUGGGAAGGGUUAAAAAGCCGUUGCUAAGGGUUUUGGACCAUCGGAGAACCAUUAUUAAAACAUGGAACAGUGGUGAACCUUCCCAUAAGAGACAUGCCUAUAGAAGUAAUUCAUAUAGCAAAUUGAUGAGUCAUCUAGGAAGUAACAAAAGACUAUCUAAUGCGCUACGGACCCCAUUUCCUUCAGUUAAAGUCAGUGUUCUUGAUUUAAGCAGUAGGAAAGACCUGAGUGAAGUUGGCUCCCUCACCGUCAAAUCUAACAAAAUUGGUGUCAAAUGUUUGUGCAGCAAAAAUUGUUUGUGCCACUAUCAUCUUAAAGAUAUUAAUAAAUGUUUCCAGAGAGCAUGAAAGGUCAUCCAGACCUCCCACCUUCUUCCAAUCAGACAAAAAUGGUAUUCACUCGACUACGUUUGUGCUGGUUUGUACUGCAAAGGGUUUCAUUUGUGCUGCUUUUGCUUUGAAAAUAUUAAUGAAAGUGUCAUGGUCAACCAGCCCUCCCACAUUACCCAAAUCUAACAAAUUUGGUGUCAAAUGUUUGUGCAGUAAACAUUUUAAUUUGUGCUGCUAUUUUGAAGAUAUAUAAAAAAAAAGUUUCUAGAGGUCACCAGCACAAACGGUUCACACCAAUUAUGCUAGAUUUGAAGAUGUUGGGGUGAAGAACAAUGAAGAAGGUGGCCAUAGUGAUAUCAAUGGGAAGGUGCCAGUGCCUGAGCCACUGCUGACCAAAAAGAUCCUGAAGGUUGUCUUUCAUUUGCCACUAUAAACACUGAGGAGUUCCAAGAGUUAUAGGGAAAUGUUCUGUAAACUUAUAAGUGUGGCAAGCUAAUAGCAUCCAGAGAAAGAAAAUAAUACCCACAGUCAAACAUAACGGGGUAAUGUACGGUGGUUUAAGUAACUGGACACGUUGCGCUUGAUGAAACCAUUCACUUUGCCCUCUAUCUGGAAAUCCUCCAAGAGAAUGUCCAACCAUUAACUUGUGACUUUGGGCCCAAGCGCAUUUCAAUCAGUUAUCCAAAGCACAGCAAUAACUCUAAAAAAAUAAAAAUUAAAAAAAAAUUUGGAGUGAAGUUUGGAUUUAAAUUGAUGGUGUGGCAUCAAAAAUUUACCAACGAGGCUGAAUUAAAAUGGUUCUGCAAAGGAGAUUGGGCCAAAAUUCCUCCAUUCCAAUUGAAGACUCACUUCAAGUUACUGCAAAAACUAAACAUUUGCAGUAAGCGGUGAUACAACAGUGAUACAACAAACUAUAAAGGGGGCUAUUAAUUUUUCACUCAAGGGUCAGGUUAUUUUGAUAACUUGUAUUCCCUUAAUAAACGAAAAAAGUAUUUUGUAUUUACUAAGGUUAUGUUUGUCCCGUGUAACAAUUUGAUGAUCUGGAACAUUUAAAUGUAAAAACCUAGAAUAAUCUGUAAGGGCUAAUAAUUUUUCUCAGCACUGUAAACUUAGAGAAAUAAAGAAUAAAUACAGGUGCUUAUUUGCAGCACUGUACCAAUACAACCGGCGACACUCACUCUGGCUUUUACAUUUAAAGGACUAAUCAGAAAUGUUGCGGUUUUUGAGACCGUAACUUUGUGAACACUCUAUAUCUUGACACACAUGACUGGCCCAUGCCUUAUCCAGACACUAAAACCAAUGAAAUUAUGUUUGUAAUCAUACUUUUGGGAUAUAACAACAUAUUUGUCGAGUCUAAAAUACCUUUCAGACUACAUGACUGAGACUUUUUAGAAACACAUGGAUCGCUCCCAGACUCAUAAUUAUUUACAGAGUUGGAAUUUCCAUGUCGUAAUAAUUCACUUGAGUUCCUAUAGGAAGCACUUUAAGAUAAAUAGGUUUUGACAUGACUGACAGCUGCUUCUUCCUUUUUUUAUUUAAGUUUCUAUGAUUAAAAAACAGAAAACACAUAAGUGGUAUUAUUGUCUUCACACUUGACUUGUUAGAUUUUUGUUAUCCACAGAUAUUAAUUAAAACUGAGCACCUUUGGCUGUUUGUGUUCUGAUUUUUUUUUAAAGUUUUAUUUGGAUUACAGGUUUUGGGUAAAAACAUGUUGGUGUAAAAAAAAGAAAAAAAAGUCAGUUUCCGCAUGACCACAAAGCAAGUCUAAUCAGAUCUGAGAAAUGUUAAUGGCAAAGUUGAGCUUGGUGAGCUCAGUGUGGGUUUCCAAAUUCAUUGAUGUGUUUCGACAAAAUGUUUAAUUUUCUGCGAAAUUAUUUAGAGAAUCCAACCAAUUAAACAUGCUCAUCUUUUCA